CAAUUUUUUCAGAAUUUUAAAAAUUAAUAAUUGGGCUACAAAAUAAGACGUGAAAAUACUGAAACAGCUACAAAACAUCUCUCAGCAAGCUGGAAGUUAAGACCAAGGAUUUCUUUCAGAAUACAACCUGAUGAAUUUUAAAGAAAUAGAAAAUUGUAAAUAAACAGGUAAAAAACAAGCCCUGAAAAAGUGGCAGGAGAAUUGCCUGAACCCAGGAGGCGGAGGUUGCGGGUGAGCCGAGAUCGCGCCAUUGCACUCCAGCCUGGGUAACAAGAGCAAAACUGCGUCUCAAAAAAAAAAAAGAAAUUGAUGAAGAUAUAAGUGGGCCCCUCAAAGUGAGCAUUUUCUACCAUUGCCCACCUCAUGUCAUCACACACACACAAAAAAGAUACAAGUGGAAAUUAAAGAAAUAGGAAACAUUUCUAUAAAAAAAAGCAACAAGUACAAAGAAAACCAAUAAAAUCCUUAAUAAACAAAAACUUUUGUAAGAAAUGUAGUUGGUUUUAAAGAGAAAAUAAUUUAUGUAAUUAGUGCAUAUCCUCCACAUAUUCACUUAACCAAUACUUGAAUAUCUGGAAGAGAUCAAGGAGAAAGAAGAAAGUUUUUAAUAUUUUAAAAAUGAAGUAUUACAAUGAACAUUGUUAUUACUAAAGGUAUUUUUAGCUAUGAAAAUGAGGCUGAUCUUUUAGCUAAAGAUCAAAUAAACUUACUAUCCGGGCGCAGCGGCUCACGCCUGUAAUCCUAGCACUUUGGGAGGCCUAGGUGGGCUUGGAGACAUUGAAUUAAUCCAAGACUUCAUCUAGGAACAAAGGGGAAAACUCAAAUCUCAUUUGUUAGAAUAUUGCAAGUCCAGGUAUGGAAAAAGAUAAAAUGCCUCUCCCUCCCGUUUCAUGGGUGUCCCAUUCAUUUCAAAUUUCUGAUUACAUACUCCUACAAUCCCAUCAUUUGGAAGUAAUAGCAAUCUUACCUCCUUUCCAUUUUUUUCUUUCUUUCUACAAUUAUUUUACUUGCCUAACACCACAGUCCUGAGGACACACGAGGGCCAGGUACAGGUAAUCAAAAUCCCAGCACUCAGUUGCAUAGGGACCCACAAACGGUCUCCAUGGAAAACCAGAACCAGAAGCGGUGCCCUAUCAAAACCAUUCCGGAAAUAACAAUGGACAGGGGCAGAGCCACAGUCACAGAUUCGAUCCCAGGUACGUCACAAACGCAGACAUAAACCGCACAGACGCUAGAGACCCCCUACACUCAGCGUCGGAGUCGGGCACCACUACCAGCUUUCUCUGCAGCACCAUCCCAAUCCCCCGCUAGAGAACGGCACAAGCGCACGCAGCAGGCUUCUGCGAGGAAACACAACUCCGCCUGCGGCAAGGCACUCAGUCCAGCUCUAGCAUCUCUGGACCCUGCUUCUGAAGUAAAUGAACCUUGAGGAAAAUUGACCAGUUCCUGCAAUUCUGAAAUCAUGGCUCAUGAUUUGGUGAUGUUCAGAGAUGUGGCUGUAGACUUUUCUCAGGAAGAGUGGGAAUGCCUGAAUUCAUAUCAGAGGAAUUUGUACAGAGAUGUGAUAUUAGAGAACUAUAGCAACUUGGUGUCACUAGCAGGAUGUUCCAUUUCUAAACCAGAUGUGAUCACCUUACUGGAACAAGGGAAAGAGCCCUGGUUGGUUGAGAGGGAUGAGAAGAGAAGAUGGAGCCUAGAUUUGGAAUCCAGAUAUGACACUAAAAAGUUAUUUCAAGAAAAGGAUAUUUAUGAAAUGAAUUUAUCUCAGUGGAAGGUAAUGGAAAGAAUUACCUGUGGACUUGAAGGACAAGAAAGCCCUCAUGAGGUAUGUUUCAGACAAGUGACAAAAGCCACUUCUGAAAAAAUGCCCACUUACAGAAAACUCACAUCUCUUACUCUGUAUCAGAAAAGUCAUAAUAGAGAGAAACCCUACAAAUGUGGGGAAUGUGGGAAGGCUUUUAGAGUACGACAACAACUUACUUUCCAUCAAAGAAUUCAUACUGGUGAGAAACCCUAUGAAUGUAAAGAAUGUGGAAAAGCCUUUAGACAGUGUGCCCACCUGAGUCGACAUCAGAGAAUUCAUACUUCUGACAAACUCUAUGAAUGUAAAAAAUGUGGAAAGAUCUUCACAUGUGGCUCAGACCUUCGAGUACAUCAGAGAAUUCAUAUUGGUGAGAAGCCGUAUGAAUGUAAAGAAUGUGGGAAAGCCUUUAGAGUUAGAGGACAACUUAAUCUCCAUCAAAGGAUUCAUACUGGUGAGAAACCCUAUGAAUGUAAGGAAUGUGGGAAGGCCUUUAGACAGUAUGCACACCUUACUCGCCAUCAGAGACUUAACACUGCUGAGAAGUGCUAUGAGUGUAAGGAAUGUGGUCAGGCUUUUCUGUGUAGUACAGGCCUUCGAAUACAUCACAAACUUCAUACUGGUGAAAAACCCUAUGAAUGUAAGGAGUGUGGAAAGGCCUUUAGGGUGCGGCAACAACUUACUCUCCAUCAGAGAAUUCACACUGGUGAGAAGCCUUAUGAUUGUAAGGAAUGUGGGAAGACUUUCAGUCGUGGCUAUCAUCUAACUCUCCAUCAGAGAAUACAUACUGGUGAGAAACCUUAUGAAUGUAAGGAAUGUCAGAAGUUCUUUCGUCGUUACUCAGAACUUAUUUCACAUCAAGGUAUUCACAUUGGAGAGAAACCUUAUGAAUGUAAGGAAUGUGGGAAGGCAUUUAGACUGUUCUCACAGCUUACUCAACAUCAGAGUAUUCAUUUUGGUGAGAAGCCCUAUAAGUGUAAAGAAUGUGAGAAGACUUUUAGACUGCUUUCACAACUUACUCAACAUCAAAGUAUUCAUACUGGUGAAAAGCCCUAUGACUGUAAGGAAUGUGGAAAGUCCUUUAGACUUCAUUCAUCACUGAUUCAACAUCAGAGAAUUCAUUCAGAAUUCCGUGGAAAAAAUAUACUCCAAUUGACUUCGCAUGCUGAAGAAAGCCUGAGUAGACCAACAAGUAAAGGAAGAAUUAAGACGGCUAGGCCAAGUGUGGUGACUCAUGCCCAUAAUCCCAGCACUUUGGGUGGCUGAGGUGCAUGGAUCACCUGAGGUCAGGAGUUCCAGACUAGCCUGACCAACAUGGAGAAACCCCAUCUCUACUAAAAAACAAAAUUAGCCUGGUGUGGUGGCGCAUGUCUAUAAUCCCAGGUACUCGGGAGGCUGAGGCAGGAGAAUCGCUUGAACCCAAAAAAAAAGGUGGAGGUUUCAGUGGAGAUCGCACCAUUGUAUUCCAGCCUGGGCAACAAGAGAACUCUGUUGUCCCCCCACCAAAAAAAUUAAGAUAGUUAGAAGAUAUGCUUUCUAAAAGAAUAAUUUAGGAUCUGACUUUUUUUUUUUAAUCGGGCAGACUCCUGAGUGAGAGUAGGCUCAGAGAGAAUGAUAAUCUAUUUUUUUAACAAGUAAAAUCUUUGAAGGAUUGGUAAUUGCCAAAUGUUUCCACCAUUACUCUAUAAGACUAACCUAAAACUAAUUAUAAGAACUAGAUGAAGAAGGCUGGCAAAACCAAAAUCUAGAUAUUUUCUGUAUGAAGAAAAAUCUAGUAAUUCUAAUUUCUGUGGCAAAUUGUAUCCAACAGUUUAUUUAAGUAUAGAAGAGAAAAUCAUUUAUGUGGAAUAUCUUGGACCUGAUCCAUCUGACUUCAGUUAUAUAUUUAGACUCUUGGCAUUCUACCUUCAGUACAUCAUAAUGAUAGUAAAAGAGGUAUGAUUCAGGCCCAGUGUCAUCUCAAUUCUUGCUGAUUUUCUUUUCUUUUUUAGCUUUCUGUGUAUUAAGCAUGGAAUGAAUUUUAUGUAUGUAAAAGUAUAAUCCAACACUUUAAAAUUACCUUCUAAAGGGCCGGGCGCGGUGGCUCACACCUGUAAUCCCAGCACUUUGGGAGGCCAAGGUGGGUGGAUCAUGAGGUCAAGAGAUCGAAACGAUCCUGGUCAACAUGGUGAAACCCCGUCUCUACUAAAAAUACAAAAAAUUAGCUGGGCAUGGUGGCGCGUGCCUGUAAUCCCAGCUACUCAGGAGGUUGAGGCAGGAGAAUUGCCUGAACCCAGGAGGCGGAGGUUGUUGUGAGCCGAGAUCGCGCCAUUGCACUCCAGCCUGGGUAACAAGAGCGAAACUCUGUCUCAAAAAUAAAAAAAAAAUUACCUUCUCAAAAUUAAUACUGAGUUCUUAUAAAUGAUUAUAUCAGACUUCAGUGAUUUCACUGUAGUCAUCCAUUAUGAACUGUAUAUGCUGCCAUAAUUGGGAAGUCGUGAUGUUCACUGUAUCACAUCAUUAUAUUCCAUGUCUGAAAUGGACUAUGCAACUUGAUAGCAUUUGAAACCAUUUCCCAGGAAACACUAAUGCUUGAUGGUAGUUUUAGAAGGCAUUCUGUGGUUAAAUGAGCAUACUAAGUACUGCAUAUUAGAAUUAAUCAGUUUAAGAAAAUAAAAUGUAAGCUUCUUCAAAUAAUGAAGUAAUGAGAGUUUCAUUGAUUUUUUUUUAACUUAAUGUAUCUGAAGCACCCUUUACCAUGUAACUCACUCUCAAUGCCUGUGAGUAUGUUUGGGAUAUGAACCCAUUUUAGCAGAUAACUGCUGUAACCAAAACAACUGAUGGCAAAGGUGAAAAAUUCAGGCCUUAAGCCAGGUAGUUAGUUGUAUUGGAAGAUGGAUGUGAGGUAUGUUUCCCUGGAUGUGGCAUCAUGUUCUAAAGUCAUCUAUGCUUUCGGAAUAUAGAACUGUUGCUUUUCUGCAGAAAUAAAAGUUUCUGAAUCAGCACUAUUCUGCAAUGGAAAUGAACAACCUAUGACUAAUAAAUAAAUCUCAAAAGCAUAAUGUUGGGCCAAAGAAGCCAGACGUAAAAGAGGACAUACUAUAUGAUUAUAUGAAAUACAAAAAAUUAGAACUUUUUAAUGUAGUUGGAAGUCAGGAUACUGGUGGGGAUGUGGGGGGUAAGGGGUACAUGGCAGGAGGGAUAGUGAUGGAAAGAGUAAUGGGAGGUUUCUGUAGAUGCUAGUAAUGUUUUGUUGCUUGAUUUGGGUGCUGAUUAUUCUGAUGUAGUCAGUUUGUGAAAAUUCAUAGAGUUGUACAUUUUAUACUUUUCUGUAUGUUGUAGUUCAAUUAAAAGUUUUUUUAACUUAUGAAAAUAAAAACUAUGCGUUCAUAUUGAUACUUUGAGUUCAAAUUUAAUACCACAUUAUUUUUAAGUUUAAUUUUAUUCUUGCAUCUUUUGCUUUUCCCCUGAAAAUCUUGUUGGUUUUUAACAAGGAAAUAAUGUAUGUGCUAUGAUUUAUAAAUAAGCAGUAUAAAAUACUUACAACAUAAUACCAGCAUUACCACCAAAAAUGAAUGCUGAAUGAAGUUGAAGAUUUCUUGGCAUCACUCUUGUCCUUCAAAUAUAAUUCACUAAGAAUGUGGAGUGAAAUUACUUAGUUCUAACCAACCCGAUUUGGAGCUAGAUUGAUUUGUUUACUUUCAGUGUUCAAGGACUGCCAUUUUUAGUUGAUUUAAUUUAAUUUAUAAUUUUUUUUCUGAGAUGGAGUUUUGCUCUUGUUACCCAGGCUGGAGUGCAAUGGCGCAAUCUCGGCUCACCGCAACCUCAGCCUCCUGGGUUCAGGCAAUUCUCCUGCCUCAGCCUCCUGAGUAGCUGGGAUUACAGGCAUGUGCCACCAUGCCCAGCUAAUUUUUAGUAUUUUUAGUAGAGGCGGGGUUUCACCAUGUUGACCAGGAUGGUCUUGAUCUCUUGACCUCGUGAUCCACCCGCCUCGGCCUCCCAAAGUGCUGGGAUUACAGACGUGAGCCACCACGCCCAGCCUGAUUUAAUUUUAUUCUUAAAGACUAUAUAACGUUUUCGUGAUUUUAAAAUUAAAACCAUAAAACAAAAUGUGCUCAGAGAAAUGUUGCAUCAGUUUGUGUCCCAUACAGUCUGUUCCAUCAAUUCCCUCUAAAAAGCCAUUUUAUUACUUUUUGGUCUAACUUUCCAGGAGUUCUUUUUGAGAAGGAUUUAAGUGUUCUGAUGAUUGCUGUAUAACAAGCCACCCGAAACUUCAUGCCAUGAGACAACAAUGUUAUUAUGUUCGUAGAUUCUGUGGGUCAAAAGUCCAGAGAGAACACAGCAGGGAUGGUUUAUCUCUACUUGAUGAUGUUUGGAGUCUCAGCUGGGAUUAUUUGAAUGACUAGUCCAGGGAGGGCUGGAAUACCCACUUCCAAGCUUCUUUUCUCUCAUGCCUGAAUUUUGGACUUGGACAACUUAAAUACGAAUCUUAGCUGAAACUGUCAGCAGGAACACCUACAUGGUCAUGGGUUCUUCACAGAAUGUUUGUUUAUUCCAAGAUGGACAUCCCAGGAGUGAACAUUCUAGGAGAACCAGGUGGAAGCUGGCUUUUUCUGACCUAGCUUUGGAAGUAUGACAGCAUCACUUCUGCAUAUUAAUGGUUACUAGUGAGACUUAAACCCAGCCCAAAUUCAGAGGAAGGGGAAUUUUGAGUUCAUCUCUUGAUGGAAAAGUGGUAAGAACAUAUUAUGGAAGACCAUGUGGGAUGGGAAAUAUUGUUGCAUCCAUCUUAAAAAAUAUAGUCUGCCACAUUUUGCCUCCUAGCCACCGUUCACAUUCUGCACCAUGAAAAUACAUUCAUGUGCUUCCCUCAGGCUUCCAAAAUUUCAUCCUAUUACAGCAUCAAUUUAAAGUCUAGGACCUUAUCUAAAUCAAAUCUAGCUAAAUAAAUAAAAUGUAUAUGGAAUACUACACAGCUACAAAAAAGAAUAAAAUAUCCUUUGCAGCAACAUGGAGCUGAAGGCCAUUCUUCUAAGCAAGUUAACACAGGAACAGAAAACCAAAACCAGCAUGUUCUCACUUAUAAGUGGGAGCUAAACAUUGAGUACACAUGUACACAAGGCAGGGAACAGUAGAUACCAGGACUAAGUAAGGGUAGAGGAUGGGAGGGUGAGAAUAAAAAAAACUACCUCUUAGGUACUACACUUAUUACCUAGGUGAUGAAAUAAUCUACACCAAACCCCUGCAACACACAAUUUACCCAUGUAACACACUUUUACAUGUACCCCCUGAACCUAAAAGUUGGAAAGAAAAAAAAUUAAGUCCAUAUGUGGAUAAGCCUCCUGCAGUUCAAUUCCUGGAAUAUAAUCCUUUGAGUAUGAGCCCUUUCAAUCCACAAUAUUGUGAACUAACUUCAAUCUAUAGUUCCUUGACACACCCACAUUCAGUAGUGGAACAGGUAUAGAAUAAUAAGCAUUCAGAUUCAAAAGGUUUAUAAGUAAAACAGUUGAAGGAAAUUGCUAAUCUGUAACAAUUCUGAAAUCUGGCUAGGCGCACAUAACCAGCUCCUUGAUUAGAGUUCCUUGGAAAUGAUUUUCUAUGGCUCUUGCCCUGCCAUCUGAUCUUUUGGUUCUGCGUCACGCUGAGUUUUUCUUUUCUUCAUAAAAAGUAGGCCAUGUUUACAACUGAGUACUACUUUCAUAUUUAUAGACAUUUGGGAAUCCAAAGGUCCUUUUUCACUUUAUAGUGUUGCUGCCCUGUAAGCUCAAACUUGUAGUACAUCAAGUAGUACAAUUCUCUUGAAAACUCUGUGUAUCCUGUGAAUUUUAUUAGGGUUCAUUAAAUGAAACAAAAGACA